CUGUGCUGCGGGGAGAGGGGUUCAGCCUCACACCUACACCCCAACCAUAUGCAUCCCCGCAAUCUACACCCCACUCAGACACACGUACACCCCAACCAUAUACAACCCCCCCACCUCCCACUCACCUACACCCCGUCUGCACCACAACCAUCUAUACACCUACACCCCAACCAUAUACAACCCCCCCAUCUACACCCCACUCAUACACACCAACCAUAUACAACCCCCGUGCACCCCACUCAGACACACCUACACCCUGUCCGCACCACAACCAUCUAUACACCUACACCCCAACCAUAUACAUCCUCCCAUCUACACCUCACCCAAACCAGAUACCUCACCCCACCCAUACACACCUAAACUCACCAUCUACACCUACAUCCCACCCAUACACCUAUAUGUACCCCAUACACAUCUAACCCAAUCUAUACCCCACAAAUACAUACAUCACACGACCCAUACACAACGGCACCCCCAUUUACACCUACACCCCACCCAUACAACCCCCCCAUCUACCCCAACCACAUACAAAUAUCCUUUCAGAGAAGCUGUAGAGAAAGUAGAUAACUCUCAGUCCCUUUAUAGAAGUGUUUUUAGUUCUCAUUUAAAGUAAAGUUAAGUAGUAGUAAAUACUGUGCAAAAAAUGGUCUGUAUGAAAAGCACUUCAGUCAAUACAACAUUACAAAUAUAAAUAUAUACUCAAAUUAAAUAAAUCACUGUAAAACAAUUGAGUCUUUAUAACUCUUGGUUUGGUUGAUUUAUUUUUAGUCUCAUUACCAUUUCUUUACAUUGAUUUAUAUAAAUCUAUAGACUCCACAUGCAAGUGCUUCCUUCAGCUGGAGGAGGUUCCUGCGGGUGGAGGUGAGUCCUGUCUGCCCUGUGCUCUUGGGAGCCCCAACGCUGAGGGCUUAUAGCUGCUAGUCCCUGCCAACGGUGCAUUCAGUCUUAGUAUGCUGUGAUUGACUGAAAUCUUGCUGUUACUGUAUAGUUGAUUUUUUUUUAAAAAAGAGGAAUCAGUAGGUUAUGAGAGUGUCCCAUGUUACCAUACAUGUAGGUUUAUCCCACAACAAAACAUUAACAUUAUAUUUCAGCUACUUGUUUCUAUUGAUUUUAUAUUGUGAAUGCGCUUAUGGUAACUUUUACUAUAAGUAUUUUUGUUAUAAACCACAGAAGCAUCCUUCCAGAAUGACAGAGAACCAGCCACACAGCAGUAUUCAGAUAUCAGAACCAAGUACCAAUGGCUUCCCUUGGAAAAAACUGUCCUCUAUAGAAAAGCGAAAGUUUCCUGCAGAAGCCACUGUGACCUUUCACAACAUCUGCUACAGAGUGAAAGUGAAGAGUGGCUUUUUAUGUUGUCAAAAAGCUGUUACUAAAAAAAUUUUGAAAGAUAUCAAUGGGAUUAUGAGACCUGGCCUUAAUGCAAUUUUGGGACCCACUGGCAGUGGCAAAUCUUCGCUAUUGGAUAUCUUAGCUGCAAGGAAAGAUCCUCACGGACUCUCUGGAGAGAUUUUGAUAAAUGGAGCUCCUCGGCCUGCCAAUUUUAAAUGCAUCUCUGGAUAUGUGGUACAGAAUGAUGUGGUUAUGGGGACCCUGACAGUGAGAGAAAAUUUUGAGUUCUCAGCUGCACUCCGUUUGCCAAGUACUGUGGCUGAACAGGAAAAGAAGGAACGAGUGAACCAAAUCAUCAGGGAACUGGAUUUGGCCAAAGUGGCAGAUUCCAAGGUUGGCACCCUGUUUAUUCGUGGUGUAUCUGGGGGAGAGAGAAAAAGGACCAAUAUUGGAAUGGAACUCAUUACUGACCCUGCAGUCUUGUUCUUAGAUGAACCAACUACUGGAUUAGAUGCCAGCACUGCCAAUGCUGUCUUGCUGCUCCUGAAAAGGAUGUCAAGUCAGGGGAAAACAAUUAUCUUUUCACUCCAUCAGCCCCGGUACUCCAUAUUCAGAUUGUUUGAUAGCCUGACGUUACUGGCUGCAGGAAGCCUGUUGUACCACGGCCCUGCUCAGAAUGCUCUGCAGUACUUCAAAUCUAUUGGUUAUGAAUGCGAGCCAUACAACAAUCCUGCUGAUUUUUUUCUGGAUAUCAUUAAUGGAGACUCAACUGCUGUGACACUCAGCAAAUCAGAAUCUGUCAGUCAAUGCAAUUUAUCAGAAACCAUUGAAGAGGUCGGUGGUGAUAAGACUAUUGCUGAGAAAUUAGCGGAGCUGUUUUCCAGUUCCCCUUACUACAAAGAAACAAAAGCAGAAUUAGAGAGGCUGUCUUUGGAAAAUAAAAGGAAGAUGAGUGCAGAUUUCCAACAAAUCACAUACAGCACUUCCUUCUUUCAUCAGCUAAAGUGGGUGUCCAGACGCACAUUUAAAAACUUGAUCUAUAACCCACAAAGCUCCAUGGCCCAGCUGUGUAUUACAACCGGUCUGGGAGUAGUUGUAGGAGCCAUUUUCUCUGGAAUAAAAAAUGAUUCCAGUGGCAUUCAGAACAGAGUUGGUGCUUUAUUCUUUUUGACCACCAAUCAGUGUUUGAGCAGUGUUACAACUAUUGAACUCUUUGUCACAGAAAAAAAGAUAUUUAUACAUGAAUAUAUCAGUGGUUACUACAGAGUAUCUGCAUAUUUUUUCUCAAAGAUAAUAGCUGAUCUAAUACCCAUGAGGACUUUACCAAGCAUCAUCUUCACCUCUAUAAAUUAUUUCUUAAUAGGUUUCAAGCCAACAAUUGGGGCCUUCUUUAUCAUGAUGGUUACCCUUAUACUAGUCGCCCACACAGCCAGUUCUAUGGCUCUGGCUAUAGCAACGGGACAAGAUAUUGUGACUGUCGCUAAUCUCCUCAUAAAUAUUUGCUUUGUUUUUAUGAUUAUUUUCUCUGGCUUGCUGGUAAAUCUCACAAGCAUCGAAUCUUGGCUUGUCUGGUUGAACUAUUUCAGCAUCCCUCGCUACGGCCUGACAGCUUUGCAAAUUAAUGAAUUUACAGGUCUAAACUUUUGCCAGAAUGCCAAUGUGACUGGGGUCAAUGUAAGUUGCAUCACUUCUAGUCCUUUUACAAUCUGCACUGGAGAAGAAUAUUUGAAAAUGCAAGGCAUUGAAGUGUCUGCUUGGGGCAUGUGGAGGAAUUAUGUGGCUCUUCUAUGCAUGACACUCAUCUUCCUUACAAUUGCAUAUUUGAAACUGCGCUUCCUGAAGAAGUUCUCAUAAUUCAGAUGAGUUAACAAGCAUCUAGUAUAACACAAUGCAAUAGUGUUUGAUAGUGAAUGGACUAAAAAUGUUUAACAUUUUCAAAGAUUAAAGAUUUUGAUAACUGAUUUUGAUAACUGUGUUCAGUUUUUACUAAUACUGCUUGCUACUGAGCUAUAUCUUUUACAAAGGUCUCAUGUGCAUGAAGACAGCAGAGGAUUGUUCUCAGCUUAUAAUUUAGGCCUGGGAUUUCCAGGGACCACAGAAUGCUGUAGAAGCCCCAGAUCAGCAGUAAGGGAGAUGUAAACAGAGAAGCAUCUUUGACAUCCUAAGGUGACAAAGGCUUAGUGUGCAUUAUUGAUCGUGGCAGACAGCUAGCUGAAGAAAGCACUUGAAAAAAAUAUCUGAACAGGUUUACCUAGAAAUGUAAAUAUAUAGUUUAAAAACUAUAUAAAGUGAAGUUGGAUGAGAAUUUAGUUUUCUUAUUUAAUUAGCAGAGGCUUCUCCUUCAUGCAGCAAGGCAGGGCAGUAAGUGAAACUGACUAGGCCUUCAGUUUCCUUUGGGUUCCACCAAACAGGAGCAUCAGUGUGGUCCUGCAGCUGUAUUUUUUUUUUUUUUAAUUUUUAAAACAGUACAGGGCGAUGGGAAGAAGCGGGAAGGGAGAAGCAACAUGUCAAAUACAGGACACUCACCAUACGGAGACGGAUUUAAAUGCAGCCCAUUUUUGUCCAUAAUUCUCAUACACAGUGGUUUUCAUAUGUAAAAUCUUUAUUAGGAAGUAAAGUGCUCAGUAUUAUAGACCAAUAAAUCUUUGAUAACUGUGGAAGACUUGCAUAAUUAACAGCUUCCUAAUAAGACCAAAUGUUAAUGCAAAAACUUUACAUUUACUUUGUAUCGAGGGUAAAGGGUUUCUUCUAUGUAACAGUUGCAGGAGAAUCUAAACUUAAAAUGAAACCAUAAUAAAAAAUGUAUAAACACAUUUGUCUAGUUGCCAUGUACUUAUUGCAUGACAAAUUGUCAACACACAUGGGUAGCCCAUGAAAGCUUACUGCACUUCAAAAUGAAGUUUGUUAUUCAGUAACGACACGUUACAAAUAUACAGAUGAACAAAUAUAGCUAUGAAUGCAAACAUUUUGGUUUUCAUAAUUAACAUACUAAUAAAAGAAAAGCUUUGUUCGAUAUUAGUUUAGAAAAGGUACAAUUUUAGGACACAUUUAAAGCCACAAUGAUAGCUGUAGUGUCUUGAAAAGGCACAGCUUCACAAAUGCAAAUUUCCUUAGUUCUGCAGCAUGAUAUUGCAGCAACAUCCAACAUGUCUUGUCUUUAUAACAAAAGAUCACUUUAACUGAGCGCUAGCAACCUCUUUCCUGUGAAGCCAAAUCGUUUGGUCAGAUGAUUGGGUUUAAACUUUAACUACAUGACAUAAAAUACUGUAUCUGGCAUUUUGGUAUUCCUACGCCCCAACAGACCAAAUGCUAAUUUUU